AUGAAAAUGUGCAACUAAUUGAAUGGGAAGAUUUCGACAACGAGCUAGCCAGAUUGUGGAGUUUAACUUCUGCCCUUAAGGAAGCUAAUGAGAAGAAACAAAGUCUUCAAGAGAAACUCCAGUCACUAAUUCAGUCCCAAUUCCCUGAACUUGCCGAGCUAUAAAUCAAGUUGAAGUUAUAGUUUUUUCAGUUUACAUAAUGUUUCCUCACUGAAGUUUUCAGCUGUGUUUGAUUGAUAACUGGUAGGCUAUUUAGUUGUAGAGUGCAAAGAAAAUAGAUUUCUAGUGUCUGCACCUAAAUUACUUACUAGGUUGGGCGGUAUAGGUUGUGAAAUUGAUAAAACCAAUCAUUUCAGUUUGAAAUAUAAUGAUUUCUGUUGGGUUGCUCAAAUGCUUUAGCAAGAACACUAGACAGAAAAAUUGUCAAUUAAGCUUUACUGGGAUAAAGCGCGACGAUAAUUGUGUUGGUGAAUGGAACUUUUCCCUUACAAAAUUUUAAAUAUUCAAUUUGCGUAUUCUUUUUAGUCCCAAAAAUAACAAUGUCAAUUCGCAUCAGUUCCCUUAUGCUUCAUUUAGUUUCAUUUUGCUCUUCUACUGUAAGAAUAAGUACAUUUUGUUUCCUUCUUAUGUCCUUAUUUUUUGAAAUUGAGAUUUUCGAGCUCUUUCUACUGUCUCAAAAAGUUGACAUGGCAGUCACUGUUUACUUGGCUGGAUGCCCGGGCUUUAAUGGGCAAAAGCCAAAGCUUAUUUCAAGAUUUGUUGCUGUUUGUACUAGAUGGAUUUAUUGUUUCAAUUCAUUUUUUUUCCCUUUCAGAUUUUUGUUCCACUUUUCUGUUUUAUAGGGCUCUUAAACUGUUUCAUGUUGUCCAUUUAAAGGCAUUUAAGAAUUGCAUUUGCAUUCUUCUAUGUUUAUUUUACUUCUACUAGAUAUUGCACGUUGAAUUGUUAAAGCCAUAUGACACUUCAAGGGGACCUGGUGAGUGGUAAUUUAGUUUUGUCUUCUGUGACCUAAUUAAUUGGCCAACUGAUUAAUGGGCGGGAACAUGCUGUGCAGGUAAAAACUGAGUCUUUGAAUAAACUGAACGAGCUUGAGGAAAUGAAUGAGAGACUAGAGGCAAGGAAAGUAGUUAUGGCAAACAUGUCAACUCGUUGCAAAGUUGCAACAGAGCAUGCUAAAAAACAGGAGGAAAUGCUUAGUACUGAAGUAAGAUCAUUGUUGGUUGCUGGUACCUCUCUUUCUGUAGCAAGGAAGAGAUUACAGGAAGCAAAUAGAUUACUCACUGAAGAAAGGGGUUGUGUUAAACUUAAAAAUGUGCAAAGGAUGCUUCGAGCAAGGCAACAAUAUAUGAUAUCACAAGUUUCAUUACUGUAUCCUGUAAAGAUCUUGGUUGGACCUGCACAGGAGCAAGAACUUGAGUCCUAUUCUAGCAGUAGUAGAUUAGGGAAUCCUUCUGCAUCAAAGCCCGUCAAUCAAGGAUCGUUGACGAUUUUAGGUCUGAAUCUCACCUUGCUUCCUUUUACAAAGAUGAGUUUUUUCACUGACAAAAAGGAGGUUCAGAGAUCUGCAACUGCCUUGGGAUAUGUUGCACAUGCUGUUUCACUGAUUGCAUCCUAUUUACAAGUUCCCUUGCGUUAUCCUCUGCGCUUGGGUGGUUCUCGCUCAUAUAUUAAUGACCAUGCAUCUUCAAUAGACCCUGCAUCUUCUGAUUUGUCAUUGGAUACAACACUUUCAGCAAAUGUAAAGCCGGCAGAAUUUCCGCUGUUUUUAGAAGGUCAAGACACGACAAGAGCAGCAUAUGCUGUGUUCUUGUUAAACAAGGAUAUGGAGCAACUUUUGAAUUUUAUCGGUGUAAAGAGUUUAGGACCACGACAUGUUCUUGCAAAUUUGAAGGAGCUUCUAAGGUGUGUCCAGUCUUCAGAAUAUAUAGAUACCUGAAUUAAUUUUGAUUUUGUAGGAUCAACUAUAAUUAGCUACUUAUUACGGUGUGAAUAGACAACCUGACCUUCUUCACACACGACACGUGCGGAUUUUUUACCAAUCCCAUUUCAUUAAAGAGAAAAAAAGAGCUUUAAAAAAGGAUUACACUUUUUUGUUGUUUACAGAAUCAUAAUGUUAAUUAGAGUGGAAUAUUUCAGAUUUC